GAAUCUCGGCACCUGCAUAAGGAGUGGCAAUUCAAGUAUCACGCUACGGUGAUUGUUAUUAUGGGGGUUGAUAAAGCAAAGGAUGUAAAUGAGUUGUUUACUGAACAUACCGUUGAGGAGUUGCAGCGAAUCGUACGCCAAAAACGAACUGAAGUAGAACAAAAAAAGGACGAACUUCGUCAACUUGUAGGAGAAAGACAUAGAGAUAUUAUUGACGCAUCUGACCGGAUAUUGCUGAUGAAAAACCUUACUUUCGAGAUAUCUUCUUUGAUAGACCAACUGAGGUCAACUUUGUCAACGUGGAAUCAAAAUACAGAAAUCAAGCAAGAUUUUUCGACUGAAACGCAGUCACACGAACUAUCAACUGCUGCACAGCUCAAAUUGAUGCUUGAUAUUCCUGAAUUGAUUUGGAAUCAUAUGGACUUAGGUCAACAUGUUUCGUCUGCAAGAAUGUGUUUUCUUGGUAGACAUCUAAAUGCAAGAUUGAAUUUGAGCCACGAGACCCACUUUUCCCACAUUAACGCAAAGGUGCUUGUUAGCCGAGCGUGGGACUCUCUAGUGCAUCUGGAGACAGCUGUUGUUUUGGCAUGUCGAAGACGACUAUGUGCUCCUCCAUCAUCAAAAGAAGAAAUAUGUGAUUCCCUCGUUGCCUUGUCAAUUUUGGAAGAUCUGUCUUUACCACAAGUCAUUGACGAGUACUUUAAAAGCAGAAAGGUCGCAUUGUACAGUGUUCUGGGCGUAGAGUGUUCACUGCCUCAAGAAAUCAUCAAAAUGAAGCCUAAUUUUAUUCUACCAGUCCGCAAGCAGUUGUCUUUAGUUGUUCGACUUAUUUCGUCAACCUUAGAAUUUCUCGAGUUUCUCUUCACUUCGAAUGUCACUGGUGAGGCGUGUGCAUGUGGUGGAGCAGUGAAUUCCCAAAUAACUUCGUUAAACAAUUGGAAAUUUUACGACUCGUCUACUUUUUCCAAGGAUCGACUUUAUACACAUCUGCCGAGUGAUGUUCUCAAUUUUAAAUUGAAGAGUUUCAAGUUUUCAAGUGAUUUAUCACAUUUCGUACAAGGUGAAGGACAGAGUUCUCUCAUAGACUUAGUACAAAAAAGUUGGGAUGUCUGGCGAGAUGACGCAAUCCAGGUAUGUUACAAAGUCCUUUCAGAGUCACUAUCUCAUGUUUCUUGCUUUGAAACAUUGGUUGAUCUACGUACCGCCAUACUGGUACUUGUACAUCGGUUACAAAUUUGCACUUCGGUAGUUACAAAAACAGGUGAUCACACUUCGACUGGGGGUUACUCCAAGCUAUUCAUAUUUGAUAUUUGGACGGAGUUGCUUCGUGAUUUGUUUUUGCGGAGGUUAGAGGUAUUGUUUACUGAGAAUUUAGAAAACAGUUUCAAUGAAUGGAUCUCACAGUUGGAUGAUUUACUGACACGGAAUUCAAAGUUUCAAAAAGAGGAAGAAAAUGAAAUAUCUAAGGCACUGCUGAAUACCGAAUCCUUUCUAAAGAAUCCCGUAGAUGAAGGUCAGAUUGAUUGGGCCAGCUUUGUUUGGUCAGAUGGUAUGAGAGACAUCAAUAUAAAAAAUUCGAUUUCUACUGAAGUGGUCAAUCACAGAGAAACAUUGACAGCAUCAGCCAAUGCUUGCAAUAAUGAAAUUUUGUCCCAUUUGGUAAAGUCGAAUAAUGUAGGCCUGGUUGUGUUUUGCUGUCUUGCACAUCUAUCGAUUCCUAACUCCUUUCCUUUAAUGGGAAAUGAAAAAGAGCAGGAUUUGACGUCGUCAUCUCAUAUGUUGGUGUUUUUGCAACGAUUGAUCAGUGAAAAUAUGUCCUCUACAUUUGAAAAUGUGUCAAACUGUGUGCAACCAUCUAAUUUUGGCAAUACCGACUUACAUAGAAAACUCCAAGUGUUGUUACCCGAGCUUCAAUUACUAUGCGAGAAAUUAAACAUAGACAUUUCAAAUUGUAUUAUUAAAUUAACUUCAAAUGUUGGUCGAGAUUCCUUCGAUAUUUGGUCACUUGUAUUGUCAGCAUUGGGGAAAGCCUUGAGUGGGUUGGCUAACUGGAUAACGAAAAAAGCUUAUGGAAAAGAAACAAUCAACGAUGACUGUACAGAUGUAUCUCUGCCUCUGAAAAUUAGUCCAUCCUCUUGCCUACUUCUUUCACGUGCCUGGUAUGCUCUAGUGGAUUGUUGUCCGUCUAUCAUUGCAGCAUCGAUCGCUGCCACAGGACAGAUUGAAUCAGGUUGUGCUGUGAAACCUGGCCUGAAUAACUCCACCAAUUCAACAAACUCUGUAGAAUAUAGUUCAACGACAGAAGGUUUGGUGUGGGCAAAUAUUUCAUUGUUACGUCGUGGAUGGGAUUCUCUAAGUCAGUCAUUGUUUCAAUUAGUCAACCGAAUUACAUUGGAUUCUUUGGUGAAUGCUACAGUGGAAGACAAAAUUUUCAAAGAAUUCUGUGAUAGUUUAUAUUCAAUGUUUUCGGUCACCUGUAAAAAAACUGAUGAUGCAUGUAUAAAUGAUAAUUCUGAGUCGAAUGUCUCUUUCGAUGAAGCCACAGUUAAAAGUCUUUUACUGAAGUAUGCCAAUGUUGAUGUCAUGUCAAGGGGUAUAGUGCCCUUUGAAGAAGUUCAACUAGAAUUGGAUCAUUCUGCCGCAGCAGCAGCAACAGAAGAUGUAGAUAUUAGUUCAACUGCUUUCAUACAGAUACCUUCACAACUUUCAUUACCAAUGCAUCAUAUGCUUAUGCAUAUAGUGUAUGCUAUGGGAAAACUUAUGGUACAUAAAUCACUUCAAGCACCAUAUCAUCAUCUGUUUCUAUCGAAGGUCUGUACAGCAUUUAUCAAAGUAUACUCCACUAUUGUUGAUGACUUGUUUUCGCAUCGUAAUGUCACUACUGAUCAAUGCCCAGAUGAUGCAUGUUUAUGGUUAUCUGAUUCUCUACAAAAAUUGUUACAAGCAAGAGCUUUACAAAUAAUCUUUGAUUUAAAAUUCUUCCAGCGCUUAUUAGUUUCAUCGAUGUCGAAAAAUCAAUUAGAUACCUCAUCUAGACAUAUCCAAUCCAUGAUACAAGGAUUAACAUCUCGUUUAGAGACACUUGUUGAUCCUUUUGAUUGGAAUGUAUGCGCUUCUCGUUUAAACCGUAAUGUGGCAAAUACAAUCACAUCUACUUAUCACCUUUAUGCUACAAUCAUCGGACCAAAUUCAUUUUCACAAAUUGAAACUCUAAGAUGUUCUAAAUCUACAGUAAAAGAGGAACCAGUUGAAAACAAGGCAACUUUUUCCUUUUUACCGUUUAUUUCAGGCACAAAAAGUAAAGUCAAGCUGAAUUUAAAUCCACUGCCACUUAAUUCAUCUGUCUGCGUAAAUAAAUGGUCAGUAUUGAGGACUGGAAACAUGUAUACCAAACAAAUUUGAGGAAUGACUAAUAUUUUCUUCGUGUAUUUCCAAUCAUUUACAAAGUUUUAACGAGUUGUGGAGUGUCUCCAUCAAUAGAUGUUGUUAUAACUGGCAGCCUAUUAUGAUGCUCGGCACAUUGUAUAGGUGUGAAACUUUUCUCAUCCAUGUGUGCACACACAGGCAUGAAACUGCAUAUAGAAUACGAAUAGUUCAACGGCAAGAUAUGUCAACUAUUAUCACUUCAAGUUUCUAAGUAAGUAUAGAUGCAAGGUAUAAGUAGUUUGAAUUUUCCCAAAACACUUGGUUUAUAAAGAUUAGCCCUCUUAUUUAGGCCGUAAUACGUGCUGCAUGGAUAUAAUACUGUUUGUUCACUGUGGUCCUAAGUUUUACCUGCACUUACACAUUUUCAUUGUAAUGAGUCAAGCUGAAAACGUAGAAAGUGAUCCAGCUGACGGGUACAUAAUUGUGUGCUGAUAGGAGCGUAAAAUAUACUGACUAAAUAUUAUUAUCUUAUUCGUAAAAAAACAUGUCUACGCCUAAAUUUCAUCCUACAAACAUCAGAAGAAUCGCGUAAAACUAUCGACCAUCUUUAUUUUGUGUCAGCUAAUAAUAUCACUUUGGUAAGUCGAACUUGUGUUUAAGCCUGUUCAGCUCGUAUUUUUGAGAAGCUAGCCUAAAUUUUGUACACCUAGACAUGAAUAUCAAUAGCCACCGAAUUGUUCUCGCAGCUUUUGAUGGAGGAGGGGAAAGUGAACUCCAGAUGCCUGAAAUGCAGGUGCUAAUGAAGUGUAAUAACUUUCGAUAUCACAAAACGCCUGAAAUUAUUUCAUUAAAAAUUUAAAUACUCAGAACUGUUAACGUCUCUUCAAGUGCUUUUUUAAAUAACCAGUCGAAGGUCAUAUUUUUCGCUCUUAUUCUGUUAGACAUAUUCAUAAUGUUAUGCCAUAUAUACGAAAUUCUUAAGAUUAUUCGGGAAGUAUUUAACCUAUAUUGUUUAAUUUUUCUUAACAGAGCCGUCUCAUGCCCAUAGAAAAGUGUGGACAGUAAUAAAAAAAGACCCUAGUAUUGCUGUGCAGUGAUCCAAAUUGUUAUGCUUCAAUACCUUCACAUUAAAUGCCCAAGUGCCUAUAAAUACCUGUUGAUCACAACUUAAAGUACACAUUCUCUUAGAAUGUGUAUUUUCGGGAUACUCACUACCCAGUUUCUCCAAACAAUUGCAAAUAUAAAUGUUCUUAUUAAAACGUGAAAGCCGAUCCUGAUAUUUCUUCGUACGUUGUUUUUCCAUGUAGUUUGUUCAUUUUCUACUAAUUUUGCCUUAUCUGUGAUCGUUUUUCAGUCUGAAGGUUCCAUACAUACUGUCACUUUAUCUUAUUUUUUAUGGUGAUCGGUUAUAACAUAUCCUAAUAGUUUGUAGUGGAUGUUUUUAACUUUUAAUUUGUUUCAAAAAUAAACAAACCACAUAGCCCAUCAAAGCCUUUAAUCAUUUCAUUUAUACAUUAUGCUUGUCAGUAGAAAUUUUCUGGUUUUUUCGUUUGCCAGGAUUAAAUUGUAUAUAUCAUAGUACUUCUCAGUAGUUAGCGUUUCCUGUCUUCUACAUUCAUUUAUCAUGUAAGUACAUUUACCAUGGUAGUAACUGAUUCUGAUUUGCUUCAUGCUCUAGACUUCAAUAUUUUACUCAGGUGUACCAUCUUUCUAAGGUAUCUUAUUUGUAAAACAACGUGUUGGAUUCAAAGAGACUGCAUUGUUCGAUAAUACGCAGUAAUUUUAAGUGUUUUCAUCGUCUACUUGAUACAGCUAGCCAAGAACAUCUCUAACAUUCAAUUUACAAUCGAAUUAGGCUGGCCAAAACAUUCUGCUUUGAAUAGACUAUCCCACCAACCAGGUUCAUUUGU